AUGUCUCUCUCCCACAAGUCAAAACGGGAGGCAACAGGCUUCCCAACCGCUAGGAUGCCCCUCCCACUGCUCCCCUUCGUCUUCCUCGCCCACUUCGCGCAGACCGUGACUGACGUCCUCACAACUGAGACCCGGCGCACGACAGCACACCUCUCCAAGAACCUCGACUCGCUCCGCCUACAGGUACGCGGCCCCGAGCACUCCUUCGCACCCUUCUCGAGGCUGCCCGCCGAACUCCGUCUCAAGAUCUGGAAUCACGCUUUGCCGCCGCGGACGCUGCUCGCCACUCACGCGCCCAAUCCGGCCUUAUUAUCGGUGAACCACGAAGCCAGAUGCGAAGCGCUGCGGCGGUAUACUCUGGUUAGGCUCAACACGUGGGGAGACCGGCGCAUAUACAUAGAUUUUCGGAGGGACAGCAUCGCCAUCAUCGAGGGGAAGGGCGGCGGCGGGUUCCCCGUGCGUGGGGCCCGGCAUGUCAUCGUCGUCUGCGAGGAGCCGUUCCGGAACCCAGGAUCGUAUCUGAAGUGCCGAUAUCGCGCCGGCCUAGAUUCCUUGACAUUAGUUCUCGGAGCUAAGACAUCGUGCCCAACCCCCCUCCCCAGCAUCCGGGAGCUACAGACACCAGAGGAUCUGCAGCAGAAUCUGGGCUAUUCCAAACAGGAGUCCGAAAGGAUAGGGAUCGAGGUCAGAGGCUUGGCUCAGGGGUGGGGAGGCACUGACGUCCGCGUGGGGGAGUUCGUCUAA